AUGCCUGAUCAAAUGAACUGCAAUACUUCAGUCGAUACCGCCUACACUCUUCCUGAUGUUCCGUUCACCCCCUGCGUGGACCUGUCCAUCUCCUGGUCCUUCAGUGCCAUAGAAUCUGGGGACAACUACACCCUCAUCCUGGUUGAUGCUCAGCAGGGCCUGGCUGCUGCAAAGGUCUGGGAUAAGGCCGAUUUCCCGGUGCUCGACGCUGGUUCAACGGUCUACCAGCAAUACAUGGGCGCUCCCAGAUUUGUUGUUCAAUCGCUCACACCACAGGAGAUCGAGGAGUACGCUGAUGGCGAUACCUUGAAGACACAUCUUUCUCACAUGAUCGACCAAACAGUAAGAGACAUGCCGAACUUCACCCGCUGCCCCAACCCAGACUGCAACUCGGGCCAGGUCCACGAAGGAGGCGAGUCCCACCCGUUCGUGACAUGCGCAGCCUGCAACACGCAGUAUUGCUUCCGGCACGGGGUCCCCACGCAACCCCAGCAGCAGUCGCCGCCCUCCCAGCACGACAACAUGUCCUGCGACGAAUACGACCGGUACCUCGCCGACCCGCUUCGCUUCCGGAGCGAGCACCAGCGGCAGCAGGAGCGCGCCGCGGUGGAGCGCAGGGAGCUCGAGGCCGUGGCCCGCGCGCGCGCAAGGAUGGACAGGAUCCUGGAGCAGCGACGCGCAGCCGCUGCCGCCGCCGCUGAAGAUAGCAGGAGGAGUAAGGAGGCGGAGGAUGCGGCGAGGGGUGAGCGGGAGCGCAGGACGAGGGAGGACGCGGAGAAUGCGGAGAGGGAUGAGCGGGAGCGCAAGGAGCGCAAGGAGCGCGAGGAGCGCGAGGAACGCGCGAGGCUGGAAGAGAGGCGGUACGAAGAGGAGCGCGCCAGAGCGGAGGCGGAUAGGCUGGCCAGGGCUGCUGAGAUUAUGAGGAGGAAGGCAGAAGAUGAGCAAAGUGAGUGGUUGAUUGGGAUCUCGACUAAGGGUUGCCCUCGGUGCGCGAAGAGAAUCGAGAAGAACGAAGGAUGGUGA